AUGGAGUUCUCGCCGUUCAAGUGGUGGACGUCGAAUACGGCGUUGCACAGCUACAUCUUUGCGCAGCUGCUCAUCUCGUUGCCUUUCUCGGUAUUCAGCACAUACGUGCAAUACCAGUUGCAGAUUACAGGCUUCGUGAUCGGAACCGAUUCUCAAGGACAACCAUGCACAACUUACUGCAUCGUCGAGUGGGCUGGGUCGAGACUUGACCUCAACUCAGUCCUGCUCUACCUGAACGCGUUUGGCAUCGGCUUGGGUGGUUCCAUCACGCUCUUCCUGUCAGCCUACUCUGACCAUUGGUCACGAAAACACUUGAUCGUCACUCUACUAUUCAUCACGUAUGGUUCGAUCGCGAUACCCACAUACUGGCUCCAAGGUCUGACGCAGUACAACUUCAACGUGCUGACAGGGCUGCAAAUCGUCUUUACGAUUGUGACAAACAUGCUCGUCGCGAUUCUCAACAUCUACAUACCUUAUUGCAUGCGAGUCUCUCAGGCUCAGUCAUCUUCCGUGCGCCAAGAAGGCGAUAAUCCAGUCGUUGCCCCUGAAGAGACCUACACGGACGAUGUCAAAGCCAACAAGCGCACCUUUGGCUUCAAGAUGUCCGUCAAGGGCGCACUCGCCAACUCAAUAGGUGCUUUGGUCAUGUAUGUGAUUGUCAUCAUCAUCACAGAGACACUACCAGAGGGCAAAGUCCAAUCUCCUGGCCUCCUCAUCACGACAGUCUGUGGCUUCAUCACAGUCGCAGGCGCGGCAGUUACAUAUCUUGGCUUACCCAAAAUCCCUUCUGUGCACUCGGGUCUCCUUAAACAGGGACCAUUUGAGCCACUGAUCGAAUUCCUUCGACCAUUCCGAGAUCUCCUCGUAAGACGAAGCAUGGCGGCCCUACUAAUCUCCUACACCAUUUACACCGAUUCGACCUACGCCGUGGCGUCCGUCACCAGCCAACUUUUCGUCACAGAAGUUCGGCCCGGCACUUUGGAGAUCUCGCUUUACGCUCUGACUUCAACGAUAUCCGGCGUGGUGUGCACCGUCCUGUUCCUGUGGGUGCGACCUUUCGUGCCAAUUAAGUUGGAGACUUGGUUGCUUGUCGGCUAUGGUCUCCUAAUUCUCAUUCCUGUUUGGGGAUGUAUAGGUUUUGCCGAUGUGGACUUUGGGUUUAAGGAGAGAUGGGAGUUCUACGUGCAGACCUUCCUCAUCACGCUGUCAGGAGUGAUCGUCAACUCGGUUUUCAGGGUUCUCUUCUCAGAGAUGGUUCCCACCGCGAACGAAGUCCGUUGGUUCUCACUACAGCUGAUCCUGUCCUGUGCAACAGUCUGGGUCAACUACGUCGCCAGCGCCCCUUUGCAAAACGCAACCCACCAGCUGCGAUUCCCUCUCGUCCUCAGCUUGAUCUUCCUAGUCGCCGCCUUCGCACUAGAGGUCUGCCGAGUUGUGCUCCCAUUCUUCACACAAGACCAAGUAAAGUGGAUGGCCACAGAUCAAGCAAGCGCCAGUGAAGUUUCUGAGAGGCGAGAAGUUGGUGACAGCGGGUCUUCUGGGGCGGAUGUUGAUGGCUUUGAGAGCGUCAAUGCGAAGUCUUGA